GCACAGAAACUAAACCCGGACGUGUUGCUCGUGAGUAAACCGGAUUGGAUAAAUCGGCGACUGGUCCGGCUACCCUUGUUUUGUUUCUCCUACCUCUCCGAGAGAGGGAUCGAAACUUUCCCCGUCUGCUUGUUUGGCUGCUAUUCCUCUUUUUUUUCUUCUUCUCAUCGAGAGCUCUGAAAACCCUAAUCUCUCAUCAGCUUCCCUAUGUUCUGAUUCACUCUCCGGUCCCUUGAUCGGUUUGCUGUAUGGAAACUAUAUCUAUCUGCUGUGUCAAUUUCAAAGCUUUGGUGCUAAAAUUGCUGGAGUUAGAGGUCGUGUUUUGAAACUGAAGCUUUGCUUCUUGGUUUGUGUCUGGGAUUCAAGAAAUGGACUUGGAAGCUCGUUGUAAGGAUAAGCUUUUACAUUUUCGGAUAAAAGAGCUCAAGGAUGUGCUCACUCAGCUCGGUCUUUCGAAACAGGGAAAGAAGCAGGAACUUGUCGAGCGGAUCUUGACCGUUCUUUCUGAUGGAAAAUCUGCAAGGUUGUGGUCUAAAAGGAAUACAGUGGCGAAGGAAGAAGUUGCAAGACUAGUGGAUGAUACUUAUAGGAAAAUCAAAGUAUCUGGGGCAAGUGAUUUAGCAUCAAAAGCACAAGUGAGUUCAGAUACGAGUAAUCUGAAAGUCAAGGGGGAGCCUGAAGCUUCCUUUCAACCAGAGAUGAAAGUUCGAUGCGUUUGUGGAAGUUCACUGGAGACAGAAUCAAUGAUUCAGUGUGAUGAUCCAAGAUGCCAUGUUUGGGAGCAUGUUGGAUGUGUUUUUGUCCCGGAAAAGCCUAUGGAUGGAAAUCCACCACUUCCUGAAUCAUUUUAUUGUGAAGUCUGCCGACUCACUCGAGCUGACCCGUUUUGGGUUACAGUGGCACAUCCACUUUAUCCAGUGAGGUUGACUGCAACGAACAUCCCAACUGAUGGUUCAAGCGCAAUGCAGAGUGUUGAGAGAACAUUUCAAAUCACAAGGGCAGACAAGGACUUAUUGGCCAAACAAGAGUACGAUGUUCAGGCUUGGUGUAUGCUAUUGAAUGACAAAGUUCUCUUUAGGAUGCAAUGGCCUCAGCAUGCUGAUCUGCAGAUCAAUGGUAUGCCUGUACGCGCAAUUUACCGACCAGGGUCACAGCUUUUGGGGGCCAACGGCCGCGACGAUGGACCUAUUAUCACACCUUUUGUUAGGGAUGGAAUUAACAGAAUAUCCUUGAGUAGAGGUGACAGUCGGAGUUUCUGUUUCGGAGUAAGACUUGUGAAGCGCAGGACUCUACAACAGGUUCUAAAUUUGAUUCCAGAAGAGACGAAAGGGGAGACGUUUGAAGAUGCGCUUGCACGUGUUCGGCGAUGCAUUGGAGGUGGAGGUGGAGAUGAUAAUGCCGACAGUGAUAGUGACAUUGAAGUUGUUGCUGACUUCUUCGGUGUCAAUCUCCGGUGUCCUAUGAGCGGUUCUAGGAUAAAAGUUGCUGGGAGAUUCUUACCCUGUGUGCACAUGGGCGGUUUCGACCUUGAGGUGUUUGUGGAGUUGAAUCAACGUUCCAGAAAGUGGCAGUGCCCUAUCUGUCUGAAGAACUACUCAGUGGAGCAUGUAAUCGUGGAUCCUUAUUUCAACCGCAUCACGUCAAAGAUGAUGCAUUGUGAUGAAGAGGUGACUGAAAUCGAAGUGAAACCGGACGGCUCUUGGCGCGUCAAAUCCAAAAAAGAGAGUGAGCGUAGGGAACUGGGGGAACUCAUGCAGUGGCACGCGCCCGAUGGCACUCUUUGCCCCUCUGGCGACGAGAUUAAACGGAAGAUGGAAACGAUGAUCCCUGUUAAACAAGAAGGCUUCUCAGAUGGUGGCGGACCAACCUCUCUGAAACUCGGCAUAAGGAAGAACCGCAACGGCGUUUGGGAAGUGAGCAAGCCUAAUAAUGCAAAUGGAAUGUCUUCCAGUAACAGGCAAGAGAAGAAUCAUAUUAUACCGAUGAGUAGCAGCGCUACUGGAAGUGGUAGGGAUGGUGAUGACACAAGCGUCAACCAGGGCGCUGCUAUUGGAACAACCUUUGACUUCGGAACCAACGGCGUUGAUCUCGAUUCCGUUUCCAUGAAUGUAGAUUCGGGUUAUAACCAAGCUGGAGAGGAUAGGAAUAAUGAAGUUAUUGUUCUGAGUGAUUCUGAUGAAGAUAAUGAUUUGGUCAUCACCCCUGGACCUGCGUACAGUGAUUCAAGAACCAACGGUGGGGUGAAUUUUCCGGGAAUCAUCAACUCUUAUAACGAAGAGCCACACACCUUAGCUGGGGGAAGCUCACGGUUAGGUCUUUUCAACGAAGAUGAUGAGUUUGAUACGCGCCUUUGGUCGUUCCCUUCUGAAACUCCGGAAGUCUCUGGGUUCCAGCUAUUUGCAUCUGAUGCUGACGUUGAUUUGCAUCAUCAAGGUUCACUGAACUGUGGUCCUGAGAUAAAUGGAGACUACACCAUGGCUCCUGAGACAACAUCAAUGGCGUCUAUUCCUCCUCCUGUAGUUCCAGACGGAAGAGCUGAAGCCGUUGCGAAUGAUGGCUUAGUUGACAAUCCUCUUGCGUUUGGUAGAGACGACCCCUCGCUUCAGAUAUUUUUGCCGACGAAACCGGAUGGUUCAGCUCAGUCGGGUUUUCGAAACCAAGGUGAUGUGUCGAAUGGUAUGAGGAGUGAUGACUGGAUCUCGCUUAGGCUAGGUGAUAGCGCCUGUGGGGAUCACGGAGAGCCUGACGGGCUCAACUCUAGCCAGCAUAUGUCUACAAGGGAAGGUUCUUUGGAUGAUACGACAGAGAAUGAUUCGUUGCUACUGGGUAUGAAUGAGGGUAGACAAGACAAGGCAAAGAAGAGAAGAUCAGAUAAUCCAUUUACUUUUCCUCGACAGAAGCGUUCUGUAAGACCUCGGAUGUUCCUCUCCAUCGACUCGGAUUCUGAUGAGUGAUAUUUGUUCCUGUUUUGAUCUGUCUCUCUCUCGGGGUGUUCCUUUUUGAUUCUUAACGCUAUGCACAGGAUCAUCAGACAGCAUACCGGAGUUAGCCAAGAUUCGAACCGGUAUUGAUUAUUAAUAAUUAUUAUUAUGCUUUCUACGAUGUUGUUGAACUCUCUCUCUCUCUCUCUUUUCAAUAUCGGUUCAGAAUCUUGGGCCCUUGUCUGCAGGGUUGUAUUUUGGAAAGAAAAGCACAGAGGCUGAUUUUAGUUUUUACUGAAUAGGCAGAAAAGUGGGCACAGGUGGUUCCGGUUUUAAUUUGUUUACUCGGAUGCCCAGGAGCCGUAGAAGUCGUGUAGCAUCAUUGUAAAUUAUCGGCUCCCAACUUUUAUUUGUUUAUUAUAAAAAAAAAUCAGCUCUUCUUUUA